AUGGGAUUUUAUCAAGGCGACGGCAACGACUCCGACACUACGGCAUUUAACGACAAGUACAUCAAAGACCAGAAGUUUGCAACGGCUCCCUUCUGGGGCCUUUUCCCCAAGCUGAAGGACAUGGAUGAUCGCGAUGACACGCUCUUCCCGCUGCCCUUCAAGUUCAACUUCAGGGAUUUUGGUGAUAAUGCCUUUGCCAUGGCUUCCGGGAUCCCCACCGUGAAGCAGUUUGACAAGUGCCAAGAACUAAAUGGCCUGUCCGCAUGGACCGCCCAGGGAAUUUGGAAAUGUCUUGUCCCAGGCAAAGCAAUCUCCCCCCUGCCCAAACUGGACUUUCUCUUGCCCCUGGAGGACGUCCAGUCUGACAAAUCGCAUUCCCGUGGGUUGUUCUUCAACGAUUUCAACCUUUUUUUGAAGUGGAGGUCUCAUAUGAACAAACUACAGCAGCAAAGAAUCAAGACGAGGAGCACUGCCGUAAACUCCGCGGCCAGAACCCCGGAAGACCUCAUGUUGAGUUGGGACGACUUGCAUUUGGGCAACGAUGCCGAGUACGUCUCUGCGGGUGGGUCCAAAAACAUUAUAGGAAGAGCGCAGUCCAUAAGCACCACCAAGGAUUCCAGUGAUGCGAAACCUUGCACCGUCAAAACUGAAAAGAUCUACUUUGAUGAUGGCACUGCGGACGUUACCACUACCACCACUUCCGAGGGCUCUACUCCCACGGUGAAGCAUGAAGUGGUGAGCGUCGAUGAAGACAAGUAG